CAUGACUGACUCUGGGGGACUCUGAAUGGGAGCAGCAGACGCUGCGUGAGAGUGAGAUUCGAACGUCUUUCCCACUCUCUUCGUCUCCUAUAUAUUCCACUUUUGAGGGGACGUUGGGAGCGGACACUUCAAAAGAGCACCUCCAAAUCCUUUCUGGCUGCCCCCCUUUCCCCCUUUCCUUUCUGCGAGGAGCCUUUUGGCGGAGACACGUCUCGAAAUGUCACAGAUACUGCCUAUACGAUUCCAGGAACAUCUGCAGUUGCAGAACCUGGGCGUGAACCCAGCCAACAUUGGAUUCAGUUAUCUGACCAUGGAGUCGGACAAGUUCAUCUGCAUCAGGGAAAAAGUGGGCGAGCAGAACCAGGUGGUCAUUGUGGACAUGUCCGACCCCACCAACCCGAUCAGGCGACCCAUCUCGGCUGACAGUGCCAUCAUGAACCCCACCAGCAAGGUCAUUGCCUUGAAAGCUGCAAAGAUGCUGCAGAUCUUUAACAUUGAGAUGAAAAGCAAGAUGAAGGCUCACUCAAUGACUGACGAGGUCAUGUUCUGGAAGUGGAUAUCGGUAAAUACUGUUGCCUUGGUGACGGACAAGGCCGUCUAUCACUGGAGCAUGGAGGGGGAUUCCCAACCGAACAAAGUAUUUGAUCGGCAUGCCAGUCUGGCAGGAUGUCAGAUCAUUAACUACAGAACUGACGAACAACAGAAGUGGCUGCUGCUGAUUGGGAUUUCUGCACAGCAAAACCGUGUCGUUGGGGCAAUGCAGCUGUAUUCCGUGGAGAGAAAAGUGUCCCAGCCCAUAGAAGGUCACGCUGCUGCGUUCGGGGAGUUCAAAGUGGAAGGCAACGCCAAUCCAUCCACCCUCUUCUGCUUUGCUGUGCGUUCACAGGCGGGUGGGAAGCUGCACAUCAUUGAAGUGGGUCAGCCAGCUGCAGGAAACCAGCCAUUUGCAAAGAAAGCAGUGGAUGUGUUUUUCCCUCCAGAGGCCCAGACAGACUUUCCCGUAGCUAUGCAGAUUGGAAGUAAGCACGGUGUCAUCUAUUUAAUCACCAAGUACGGUUACAUUCACCUGUACGACUUGGAGUCAGGAGUGUGCAUCUAUAUGAACAGAAUCAGCGCUGAGACCAUCUUUGUCACGUCGCCUCAUGAUGCCAGCUCGGGAAUCAUUGGAGUCAACAAGAAGGGACAGGUCUUGUCAGUAUGUGUUGAAGAGGAGAACAUUGUCAACUAUGUGACAAAUGUCCUCCAAAAUCCAGACCUCGCCUUAAGGAUGGCUGUCAGGUCCAACCUAGCUGGUGCUGAGGAGCUUUUCGCCAGAAAGUUCAACACACUGUUUGCCCAGGGAAGUUAUUCAGAUGCGGCAAAGGUUGCAGCGUUAGCACCCAAGGGUGUCCUGCGGACUGCCGAGACCAUUCGUAAGUUUCAGAGUGUCCCUGCCCAACCAGGUCAGGCAUCUCCGCUGUUGCAGUACUUUGGUAUUCUGUUGGACCAGGGUCAGCUCAACAAAUUUGAAUCCCUGGAGCUGUGCAGGCCUGUCCUGCAGCAGGGCCGCAAGCAACUUUUGGAGAAGUGGCUGAAGGAGGACAAGCUGGAGUGCUCAGAGGACCUGGGGGAUCUGGUGAAAGCUUCUGACCCGACUCUCGCUCUUAGUGUGUACCUCAGAGCUAACGUCCCCAACAAGGUCAUUCAGUGCUUUGCGGAAACUGGACAGUUCCAGAAGAUCGUCCUUUAUGCCAAAAAAGUUGGCUACACCCCUGAUUGGGUGUUUUUGCUGAGGAAUGUGAUGCGUGUCAGUCCAGACCAGGGACUGCAAUUUGCGCAGAUGCUGGUGCAGGAUGAAGAGCCGCUCGCCAACAUCAACCAGAUUGUGGAUGUGUUCAUGGAAAGCAGCCUGAUCCAGCAGUGCACCUCCUUCCUCUUGGAUGCUUUGAAGAACAACCGCCCCGCCGAGGGUCACUUGCAGACACGUCUGCUCGAGAUGAACCUCAUACAUGCUCCACAGGUGGCAGAUGCGAUCCUGGGCAACCAGAUGUUCACACACUACGACCGUGCUCAUGUUGCUCAGCUGUGCGAGAAGGCGGGCCUUCUCCAGAGAGCUCUCGAGCACUACACUGACCCUUAUGAUAUCAAGCGAGCUGUGGUACACACGCAUCUGCUCAACCCUGAGUGGCUCCUGAACUUCUUUGGCUCUUUGUCGGUUGAGGACUCGUUGGAGUGUCUGAGAGCCAUGCUGUCGGCUAACAUCAGACAGAACCUGCAACUCUGUGUGCAAGUAGCGUCCAAGUACCAUGAGCAGCUCGGGACUCUGGCCCUUGUGGAGCUCUUUGAGUCUUUCAAGAGUUACGAGGGCUUGUUUUACUUCCUCGGCUCGAUUGUGAAUUUCAGCCAGGAGCCUGAUGUGCACUUUAAGUACAUCCAGGCGGCCUGCAAGACCGGACAGAUCAAAGAAGUCGAGCGGAUCUGUAGAGAGAGCAACUGUUAUGACCCGGAGAGAGUUAAAAACUUCCUCAAGGAAGCCAAGCUGACCGACCAGCUUCCUCUCAUUAUCGUAUGUGACCGCUUUGAUUUUGUCCACGACCUGGUACUCUACCUCUACCGCAACACUCUACAGAAAUACAUUGAAAUCUACGUACAAAAAGUUAACCCCAGUCGAUUACCAGUGGUGAUUGGUGGCCUGUUGGAUGUGGACUGUGCCGAGGAUGUCAUUAAGAACUUGAUCAUGGUGGUCAGAGGCCAGUUUUCCACCGAUGAGCUUGUGGAUGAGGUCGAGAAAAGAAACAGGUUAAAACUCCUCCUUCCAUGGUUGGAGUCACGUACCCACGAGGGCUGCGAGGAGCCAGCCACCCACAACGCUCUGGCCAAGAUUUACAUCGACAGCAACAACACACCCGAACGUUUUCUGAAAGAGAACCCCUUCUAUGACAGCGCUGUGGUGGGACGCUACUGCGAGAAGAGGGACCCUCACCUUGCCUGUGUUGCUUAUGAGAGGGGGCAGUGCGACUUGGACCUCAUUAAGGUCUGCAAUGAGAACUCGUUAUUUAAAAGUGAGGCUCGGUAUUUGGUGCGACGGAAAGACCCAGAACUUUGGGCCAAUGUAUUAGAAGAGAAUAACCCCUACAGGAGGCCACUCAUCGAUCAGGUGGUACAAACUGCGUUGUCUGAGACCCAGGACCCAGAGGAGGUGUCUGUCACCGUCAAGGCAUUCAUGACUGCUGACCUACCCAACGAGUUGAUUGAACUUUUGGAGAAGAUCGUGCUUGACAACUCUGUUUUCAGUGAACAUAGAAAUCUUCAGAACCUGCUGAUUUUGACCGCCAUCAAGGCGGACCGCACCCGCGUGACGGAGUACGUCAAUAGACUGGACAACUACGACGCCCCAGACAUUGCGAAUAUCGCCAUCAGCAAUGAGCUCUUUGAGGAGGCUUUUUCCAUUUUUAAGAAGUUUGAUGUCAAUACGUCAGCCAUACAGGUAUUAAUAGAACAUAUCGGAAACUUGGACAGGGCCUAUGAGUUUGCUGAGCGAUGCAAUGAGCCUGCGGUAUGGAGCCAGUUGGCAAGGGCACAGCUGCAUCGAGAUCUGGUCAAGGAGGCCAUUGACUCAUAUAUUAAAGCUGUGGACCCCUCGGCCUACAUGGAGGUGGUCAAUGCGGCCAGCAAGAACAACAACUGGGAAGAUUUGGUCAAAUUCCUCCAGAUGGCUCGGAAGAAAGCACGGGAAUCGUACGUGGAGACGGAGCUGAUCUUUGCUUUGGCUAAAACAAACCGUCUGGCUGAGUUGGAGGAGUUUGUUAGUGGGCCCAACAAUGCUCACAUCCAACAGGUGGGAGAUAGAUGUUACGAAGAGGGAAUGUAUGAGGCUGCUAAGCUCUUGUACAACAACAUGUCAAACUUUGCUCGACUGGCAUCCACACUCGUGCACCUGGGAGAGUACCAGGCCGCCGUGGACAGCGCCAGGAAAGCCAACAGCACUCGCACUUGGAAAGAGGUCUGCUUCGCAUGCGUGGACGGCGAGGAAUUCCGUCUGGCACAAAUCUGCGGCCUCCACAUCGUCAUCCAUGCCGACGAGCUGGAGGACCUGAUCAGCUACUACCAGAACCGCGGCUACUUUGAGGAGCUGAUCGCUCUGCUGGAGGCAGCUCUGGGCCUGGAGCGGGCACACAUGGGCAUGUUCACCGAGCUCGCCAUUCUCUACUCCAAGUUCAAGCCUCAGAAAAUGCGAGAGCACCUGGAGCUAUUUUGGUCCAGAGUCAACAUUCCAAAGGUUCUGCGUGCAGCCGAGCAGUCCCACUUAUGGGGCGAGCUGGUUUUCCUUUACGAUAAGUACGAAGAGUACGACAACGCCGUUAUCACAAUGAUGUCUCACCCGACUGACGCGUGGAAAGAAGGCCUUUUUAAAGACAUUAUCGCAAAGGUGGCCAACGUGGAGUUGUACUAUAAAUCUCUUUCCUUCUACCUGGAUUACAAACCUCUUCUACUCAACGACUUGCUGACUAUUCUUUCUCCACGCUUGGAUCACAAUCGAGCUGUCAACUUUUUCACCAAGGUGAACCAGCUGAAGCUAGUAAAGCCAUACCUGAGGUCUGUCCAGAAUCACAAUAACAAGUCUGUUAAUGAAGCCCUCAACAACCUGCUGACAGAGGAGGAGGACUACCAGGGCCUCCGAGCAUCCAUUGAUGCAUACGACAAUUUUGACACCAUUGGCCUCGCCCAGCGAUUAGAAAAACACCAGCUGAUUGAGUUUAGACGCAUUGCUGCCUAUCUGUACAAAGGCAACAACCGCUGGAGACAGAGUGUGGAGCUUUGCAAGAAGGACAAACUCUACAAGGAUGCAAUGCUGUUCGCUGCCGAGUCAAAGGAUGCUGAGCUCGCGGAGACCUUACUGCAGUGGUUCCUCGAGGAGGGCAAGAAGGAGUGCUUUGCCGCCUGCCUCUUCGCCUCCUAUGAUUUGCUACACCCUGACGUGGUGCUGGAGAUGGCCUGGAGGCACAACAUCGUGGACUUUGCCAUGCCGUACUUCAUCCAGGUCAUGAGGGAAUACCUCACAAAGGUUGAUGAGUUUGCUGCGAAGGUGACGGUGGACAAAUUGGAGACAGCUGAAAGCCAGAGGCAAAGUGAAGAGGAGGUGACAGAGCCUCAGCCAAUGGUGUUUGGCCAGCAGUUGAUGCUCACCGGUUCUCCCGCUCCAGUGGCCCCCCAGCCCGGGUAUCCAGGCUAUAGCUACGCUGCCAACGCCGCAGGCUACGCCGCUCAGCCUGCUUACGGCUUCCCCAUGUAGAGGAUGAAGCCAUCCUUUUCCGCGAGCACGCCCUCUCCGAACCGAGCUGCUCUGGCUCUCUGAACUGAAACCUCACCCGGAACCGGGUGCCACGCUACUUCACUGAAACCGCAGUAACAUCUCCUCCUCGCUAUUAUCGAGGGUCGGUAUCAACUCUCCUCAUCCAUUUCCUCUCCCCAUCUGGACAUAACGGUGCACUGAACUGCAGAGCAUAGCCUCACUGCUGCCCUGUUGUUGUUACAUGUAGAUUUCUAGAGAGUCCUCUCUUGGGUUUUUUUUUCUUGAGGAUGACAAUUCGCUGUUGCGGAUGGGGGCUUUGCACUCCACUCCACCCCCCCUGCAAUUGUCUAUAUCGCCUUACAUAUCCAGCGAGGGGGGGAAAAUGGGCUCAGUUUGUUCAUGAUGAAUCGCACGGCGCUCUGGAUCGAGAGACUGUUACCGUGCAAUCACUUUCUUUCCUCAUCACACACACAAUUUGUGCUGUUAAUGUACUGCGACUAGUGUCUGUUUGCGCACGUGUGUGUGUGUGUGUGUGUGUGUGUGUGUGUGUGUGCGCACGCACGUUCAGCGUCAAAGCCUUUGAGGGACGCGUCACACAACCCACGAGAUGCUCAAAAACAUUUCCACUCCCUUCAGCUGAAAAUCCCUUUCCUGUGAUAAAAUUGUCUGUAUGCUGAUCCAUUGACCUUUUUGCAAAGUGUUUCAUGGGAGGGGGGGGGGGGGAGAAAUCCCCCAAGAGUUUUCCAAAUAAAUACUAUGUGCUACAGUCUGUGCAUGUGCUGCCAAAAUGUAAUGCUGCAAGCAGGAGCACAAUUUUCAUGUUUCACUCAAGUAUAUCAAGUAUUAAUAAUAAGUCCAAUGGAACUGUUUCAAGUGACUAACAGAACAUUUGGGGAUGAACAGAGGGAGAAGAAACAUUUGCGGGUGUCCUGGUACCAGUUUGUCGACAAUAAUCAUUGUACUGGAAGCAAUGUAUAAUAUCAGAUAUAUUGAAAUAUGAAACUAAUCAAAGAAUAUUAUGGAACACCGUAUGUAUUAUCUAUAGUAUGUCAUUGUAGUUUGAGGGGCAUAAUGAUUUUUUUGUAAGAAAACAGACAAUGCCCAAAACAGCAGUUAUUACCGGUAAAUGCUUUUAUGGCAAGUUUGGAGGUUUACUUCAUGCUCCUACAGAAGCGACGCUCAUAUUCUCGGCACAAAAAUAAAGUAUGCACACAA